AUGUCUGCUACCAACGGCACCAACGGCGUUCACGCCGAGCUCUCCUCAUGGAAGCACUACAAUGAGGGUUCUUUCCUCUUCACCUCCGAGUCCGUCGGUGAGGGUCACCCGGACAAGAUCGCUGAUCAGGUUUCCGACGCUAUCCUCGAUGCUUGCCUCAGGGAGGAUCCCCUCUCCAAGGUUGCUUGCGAGACUGCCACCAAGACUGGUAUGAUCAUGGUCUUCGGUGAGAUCACCACUCAGGCCAAGCUCGACUACCAGAAGGUUGUCCGUGACGCCAUCAAGGACAUCGGCUAUGAUGACUCUGCCAAGGGUUUUGACUACAAGACCUGCAACUUGCUCGUCGCCAUCGAGCAGCAGUCUCCCGAUAUCGCUCAGGGUCUUCACUACGAGAAGGCUCUCGAGCAGCUCGGUGCUGGUGACCAGGGUAUCAUGUUUGGCUAUGCCACUGAUGAGACACCUGAGCUCUUCCCCCUCACUCUCCUCUUCGCCCACAAGCUGAACGCUGCCAUGUCCGCUGCUCGCCGCGACGGUUCUCUGCCCUGGCUCCGACCCGACACCAAGACCCAGGUCACCAUUGAGUACAAGCACGACAACGGUGCCGUUGUCCCUCAGCGCGUCCACACCGUUGUCGUCUCCGCUCAGCACUCUCCCGAUAUCUCCACUGAGGAGCUCCGCAAGGAGAUCAAGGAGAAGAUCAUCAAGAAGGUCAUCCCCGCCAAGUACCUCAGCGACGAGACCAUCUACCACAUCCAACCCUCUGGCCUCUUCAUCAUUGGUGGUCCCCAGGGCGACGCUGGUCUGACCGGCCGAAAGAUCAUCGUCGAUACCUACGGUGGCUGGGGUGCCCACGGUGGUGGUGCUUUCUCCGGUAAGGAUUUCUCCAAGGUCGAUCGAUCUGCUGCCUAUGUCGGCCGAUGGAUUGCCAAGUCCCUCGUCAACGCCAAGCUCUGCCGACGUGCUCUUGUCCAGCUCUCCUACGCCAUCGGUGUCGCUGAGCCUCUCUCAAUCUACGUCGACUCCUACGGCACCUCCGAGAAGACCUCCGAGGAGCUUGUCCAGAUCAUCCGAGACAACUUCGACCUCCGACCUGGUGUCAUUGUCCGUGAGCUCAACCUGGACCAUCCUAUCUACCUCCAGACUGCCAAGAACGGCCACUUCGGUACCAACCAGUCCUUCAGCUGGGAGCAGCCCAAGGAACUCAAGUUCUAA